AUGGCAGAUAACCGCCCCAGCACUCCAGCCUCCCCCCGGCCAAAGCACCCAAGAGGAAGUCCUGCUGCUAAAGCCAACUCUCGCUGCCGGCGCUACGACGUGAGAAGAAGACUCCCGCAUCAGAAGCUCGCCAUCAAGAGCCUGGUGGUGACUAAAGGAGCCCUGGUGCAGGCUUCAAGGGAACUGGUGCAUCCGGCCCUUCAAGAUCAACAAGCAGCAAACCAGCCGAGACCAAGAAGAAGCCGGCGAAGAAAGCAGCUCCCUAAAGCGAAGAAGCCCGCGGCCAAGAAACCCGCUGCUGCCAAGAAGCCCAAGAGCGCGGCGGCAAAGAAGCCCGCCGCUAAGAAAUCCCCCGCCAAGAAGGCUAAGAACCCCGCCGCUGCAGCCGCUAAGAAGACCACGAAGAGCCCCAAGAAGGCAAAGAAGCCCGCAGCGCCUAAGAAAGCAGCCAAGAGCCCCAAAAAGGCCAAGACUGCCAAACCCAAGACAGCAAAGCCUAAAAGCUGCCAAGCCUAA